CUACAUCCGUCAAAACCCAGAGGGCGGCGAAGCAGGUCGGCUUCUUCAACCCCCAGGCCAGCCACCAUCGCCAACCUAGCCCGAUUCCUGCCACCAUCGAUCGCCGAGUCGUCCUGUCCCCGAGCCCAGCCACCAUCGCCAACCUACGCCGCCUUCGCCAGCCCAGUCUCCUCCGCCUUUAAUUUCCAGUUGGUCCUAGAAUUAAAUUUUCUUGCUUCCUGCCUAGAAUGGAAAAUGUGCAAAAAGGAAAAGACGAUGGCCAAUCAACACCUGUGGAGAUGCAAGGGACAGGCCCAUCAAGUGGUAGUUUGUUGGGAUUGGUUCAAGAAAGGUACUACAAGAUCAAAGAGAAUGCAGAGACAUACCCUUACGUGUGGGGGUCGUACAUUGCAGUGUAUGGAGGAUUAGGCCUUUGGCUUGUCUACAGAGGGAUGAAACUCCGUAAAACGGAAGAUAGGGUUCGAGCUCUUCAAGAGCAACUGCGCCAACUCGUUGAAUCUCAAGAGCAUGGAGGCGCAUCUGUUUCUGGAUCUAGCAGUAGGGCUCGCCCACCACAGGAUAAAACCACUGAUUAAAUGGUACGUUAUGAUCCCUUUCGUGGUUUUUCAUCAUUAUUUUUUUUGGGUCUUUUAUGACUUUGUUUGGAAGAGAAGAUCCACAUUGGAAGUAGAGGGCUGAAGGCUUUAACUUAAUCAUCUUGACAGUACAAGGAAUGGUGUUAACCUGCAUUUCUAUUUGCUUAAGAAUUAUUUAAUGGCACUUGUGUGGUAGUAUUAUAAUGCAACAUGUAUUUAUCUUUGCCCGAACAAGUAUUAUAGUCCGACUUUUGGCAUUCUAUAGUACCAAACUACUACACUGCGUAGCUUGCUUCAAUUCUUGAUUAAUGAAUUUUCUAUCUUUCA